AUGGCAGUCGUUGCCUUAUCGGAGCAAACCCUAAUCACCAAAUUAAUAGGUUUAAAGGCCCUCAAAAAGUUCGCAGUUCUAACACCUCAUGAAAAGAAACCAUCAUCUGAAAUCAUAAUCGAAUACACCCAGCCGUAUCCACCAGUAGCCCAAGAUCGUCCCUACCCAUCCCCAGCAGAUCCUCCAACGCACUACGGAGAACCGUCCACAACCCUGCCACCCCCAACAACCACCCUCCCACCUCCGGUCGUAACAACCACGGAAGCGCCGAUCACCAACCCUCCAUAUGUUCCCCACGAAACUUACGGCAUUCCCACAAUCCCACCUCCCGUGGUACCCCACGAUACCUACGGAGUUCCAACCCUCCCCCCAAUCCACGUCCAGCCCACGGAAUAUCCAGAGCCGGAACCCGCCGAACUCACCACCCAGCAGCCCCUCGCGGAUUGUGCGCCAACCAAACUCCAAGCCAACCUCUACCAGCUGGAAACAUCCUUCGGUGGGGACGCCACCGGCCAGGUUCAUCUCUACCCAGCUGUUCCGCUGACGCACACCGGAAAUGACGUCGUUACCACGUGGUACACCGGAGUUGUCCCCGUCGAUACGACCCAGAUCCAAGUCGAAGAUCCCAAACCACAGUUCCUUGGAACGCCCCUUGAGAAGGUCGUGGAAACGGCGCAGCAGCAACUUCCGGCUUAUGUGCCAGGCCUUACGGGCCCGUCGGUGGGCAACGGAGUCGCUGGCGAUGGGGGUGGAGUGAUCUGGGCUGCUGCAACCAGCAAACAAGUGUACCCGGCGGCGCAGUACGGACCGCCUGGUUAUUUUAACCAAUUUUAUUGA